GGACACCAAGAAGCCUUCGACGCCCUCCUCAAUGCAGCAUUACAAGCAGAAAUGGUGCUUGGAACAAUUGCCAGAGGAAAUAAGAACCAGGACUCUGCUGAUGAUUAUUUGGAAGACAGGGUUAGUUUCAGUGAGGAUAAGAUUAUGGAUGCUGAAAGCAAAGCAGUUAUGAUGGCUUGGGAAAAGCCUUUGAUGGAAGCUCAUGCAAAGGCAGUUUGCUCAAAUGGCGGUCACAUUUUGAACAUUGGGUUUGGCAUGGGGCUUGUGGACACUGCAAUCCAGCAAUAUGCACCUUCUUCACAUACUAUCAUUGAAGCUCACCCCGAGGUUUAUGAUCGCAUGAUACACCAAGGGUGGGGCAAGAAAGAAAAUGUGAAGAUCAUUUUUGGUCGUUGGCAGGAUGUUGUUUCAAAACUUGAAUCUUACGAUGGUAUAUUCUUUGACACUUAUGGAGAGUAUUAUGAAGAUAUGAGGGAGUUUCACCAAUAUCUUCAUAAAUUAUUAAAACCCGGUGGCAUCUACUCAUUUUUCAAUGGACUCUGUGGAGGUAAUCCUUUCUUCCACGUUGUUUACUGCCAGUUAGUUUCUCUGGAACUUGUCAGCAUGGGUUAUUCCACUCAGUUCAUACCACUACCAGUGAAAGAUUGUUUAGGUGAAGAAAUCUGGGAAGGAGUUAAACACAAAUAUUGGCAGUUGGAUACAUAUAAUCUCCCUGUUUGUCAUUCUAUCGAUGAAUCCGAUUGAAUUUGUUUAUAGCGCAUUUUCUGAACCCCACACAUGCCGGGAGUAUUCAAUUCCAAGUUGCUCUUGCUCAGUGUUCUUUCAAUACUGUAAUACUAAGGUUCAAGCAAAAAUCACUCAUUUGUAAACGUUGAAGCAGGAGACAGUGAGACACGUGUCUUAUGAUUGUCAUUAUCAAAUUUAUAUUAUCAAGAUGC